AUGCAAAUCAUGAAGGUAGCAGAAGCCACGACAGCAGAUAAGUCCUUGCCAGAGGAUCGUCCCAAGGAGGAGAGCAAAGAAAUUCCCACGAUAUAUCUUCAUCCAAAGUUUUCAAAUUGCUCUAGGACGGACCUAGCGAUUCUGAUAUCUCGAAUGCUAACCUUUUUGAUACAGAUCAACGACUCGUCGUCUUCCUCCGCACCAGAUAAACUUUCGGGCUUGACGAGAUUCCAUUCGAGAGUGCCGCCUAAUAUUUCCGUUUACAAUUAUCUUCUGCGGCUAACAAAGUAUUCGUCGCUUGAACAUUGUGUUCUGCUAACAGCUGUUUACUACAUUGACCUCCUAUCAAGCGUCUAUCCUAUUUUCAAGUUAAACUCGUUGACAGUUCAUCGGUUUCUUUUGACUGCAACCACCGUGGCAAGUAAGGGCCUUUGCGAUUCUUUCUGCACUAACACUCAUUACGCAAAAGUCGGUGGAGUCCAUAGCAGUGAAUUGAACAUUUUAGAAUGUGAAUUCUUGAAAAGAGUUAACUACAGAAUACUCCCCAGGGACAAUAAUAUAGAUUGGUGCAAGCUGGAAUCGAAGUUCCACAGUUUCUCGCUGUACGACGAACCAACAGAGUUACCAAACAUCGGAUCAACGGCAGCUUUGAAAAACAGCGGAUACAACGUUUUGAAUGCCUACUUUCGUAAAAUAGUUCAGUUGGUCGGGCCCUAUGAUGCUUCACCAGAUAAAUCCAAAGCGGCCAAUUAUGCUUUGCUUCCUCCGUCACCCAAGGAGAACUGUGCCAAAAUACUUGGAGAUGGAGAACUGGUCAUACAGAGUGACUCCCUCGGCAAAAGCUCAACGGGAGCUAUGAUAUCAGGCACCAAACGUCCCAGUAUCCAGGAGGCCCAUUCACGAAAACGGAACCUGGAAAUUGAAGGGACAGAUCAUCAACCAAUCGAAAAAAAAGUUUCAGAGCUAACUAAGUCAAAAAAACAGACAUUCAAUCAAAAAGCACCUACAUUCACAUAG